CAACAACACACUUCAAAAAACCAACAUCCAAAUUAAAACAUCUUCAAAAGCCACACCAAUCGAGCUUGGUGCAGACAGACAAGAAGAAGACAACCAAGCGCCAAUACAGUGAGUAGGAGAAACUCUCACAGAUGAUCAAGAUUGCCCUCUCCACAACUAUUUAAAUUGGAACUAACAACUAACGUGAACAUUGUAGCCGACUCAACAUGGACUCAACUCCAAACUUUCAUCUACACCUAAAUCAAUGGGUCAUUGAAAUCUUCAAAAGCGAAGAUAUUGAUUUUCCAAUUUGUGUCUUCAAAGUGCCCAACUCUCUAAGGGCUGCCAAGCCAGAAGCCUACCUUCCACAGGUAGUAGGAUUAGGACUAUUGCAUCAUAAGCGAUUGGAGCUUGAAUCAAUGCAGAUGUACAAGCUUGGUGUAGCAAAAAAUAUUCAUAAGGGAUUUGGAGGCAUUGAGUUAAAAAUACUCAUUCUGGGACUCUUGAAGUUAGUUCCGUCUGUACGUGCUUGUUACCAAAUGUACUUUGAAGCUAAUGACAUCGAAAUAGCAUGUACAAUGGCUAUUGAUGGUUUGUUUCUGUUGGAGUUGCUAUGUUACUAUGGCAUUGGCAAAGAUACUCUAACCAAGUCAGAUAUUUUGUGUCGUUUAGUUGACACUGCAGGAACUAGAUUGGCUCAAGAUGGGAUACUCAGAGAUACAAUGAUGCUUGAAAACCAAAUUCCAAUUAUUGCGUUGAAAAAUAUCUUGCUCGCUGAAUGCUCAAAUUCUGCAUCAAAGGAAGAGAAGUCACUUAUCGUUAAAAAAUAUCUUCCUCAAAUGAUGUGCAGUUAUUGCAAAGCACUCUCUCCACUCAAUGUGCUGGAGAAAUACCCAGCUUCCAUUGCUUUAAAGCGUGCUCAUUUGUUGGAUCUUUUGUACCACUUGAUUAUGCUCAAAGAGCCGCCCGAGGAGGAGGCACCUGAAGAAGAAGCUGAGGAAGAUAGCAUGAUGCAGAAAAAAUCACUAAGCGAUAUUCCUCCUGUACUAUUAAGUAUACUAAAGGCUCUAGAUGUUCCCCAAGAAGUUAAAAAACCAAUAGAGCUAGCAAAAGGUUUACUUGAUCUACCAUGGUCAAACCUUGAUCCCAACUCUAUUAAAAAUAUAGUUCCUGCUGAAAAGGAAGUCCUGAUUCCUACAGCAUCACGCCUUUGUGAUGUUGGAGUGAAAUUCUUCCCCGACCAUAUAACAGCCAUUGGAUUUGACCUCGACAAAACCUCGUUUAAGCUCCCUCUCAUUAAAUUAGAUGUUAACUCAGAGGUUAUAAUUAGAAACCUGGUGGCAUAUGAAGCAAUGUCCAAGUCUGAGUCUGAGCCUCUGGUUUUUACACGGUAUUUUCAAUUGAUGAAUGGGAUUAUAGAGACCGAAAAGGAUGUGAAGGUACUGAGGGAUCAUGGGAUUCUACAAAGUGAGUCCAUGAAGGAUGACGAGGUUGUGAAAAUCUUUAGUGGGACAACCACCCAGCCAAUACGAGAAGCAAAUGCACAUGAUUUAGACAAGGCCAUUGCAGCUGUUAACAACUACUAUAAUGGUUUGCGAAAGGUUAAGGCUUGCAAAUUCAUCAAGAAGUGUGUGCUUACUUUAUGGAACGUUCGCACAAUUUUUGCUGCAAUCUUGCUUUUGUCGCUAAUGGCUCUCCAGACGUUCUGCUCGGUCUAUGGCUGCUCUCACAUAUUCAACAAGACCAAUUAAUACAAUAGGUUGCAUGAGUCGUUCUUCAUUUUUUUUUUUUUCUAAUCUGUAUUGCACUUGUAGCAUUGUAAUAAAGCUUCUGCUGUCAUGUAAUGUUUUUGGUUUGAAAGUUGUUAGAAGAAGAAUAAUAUGUAUCUUCGGGUAC